UCCACAAAAGCGACAGAAGCCGUCGGCUACAAUAAACUCUAGUUUACUCACACCGUACAGCACCGGCUCACAGGAUUCUAUAUUUAAAAUAGAGUUAUUUUAUCUUUAUAAUUGCGUGUAGUCAAAAAAAAAAAAGUCGAAUCAAAGCGUGCUAACGCUAAAUGGUGCGUUAGCUUAGCAGAUUUGCUUCAAAACAGCUAGCCAGUUAGCUAACGUAUGGUUAACUGAUUACUUACUGGAUUACUCUUAACUGAAACCAUUAUGGCAAGUCAGAGACCCCCAUCUGGCAGACCCAUGAGCAGAAGUUCCUUAGUCCCGGGGCCUGCAAGACCCCCAACUGGUGUCAGACCUCCACAGACAGCGAUCAGAGUGGGAACAGGGAUGGUGCCAGGUACUGGACGUCCUGGGACCAGGGCUGCGCCCAUUGCUACUCAGGGUGUGUUAUCAGCUCAGAUUAAAGUGACCGAUCGUCCUGUCACUCAGCAGGGUCUCAGUGGAAUGAAGACCGGCGGGAAAGGACCCCAGAGGCAAAUUCUGGACAAAUCGUACUAUCUUGGUUUACUUCGGAGCAAAAUUAAUGAGCUCACAACAGAGAACAGCAAACUACAGAAAGAGAUCGACAUCUUCAACCAGGAGAACUCCGUUUACCUGUCAUAUGAAAAAAGAGCUGAGAGCCUUGCUGGGGAAAUAAAGGAUCUGCAGGGGCAGCUAGCGGACUACAACAUGCUGGUGGACAAACUUAACACCAACACAGAAAUGGAUGAAGUAAUGAAUGAAAUCAGCAUGCUGAAAGUACAGAAUGACCGGGAAGCCCAAAGCAUAGAUGUCAUAUUCACAGAGAGAAGAGAAAAGGAGGAUAUGAUCCAUGCUAUAGAGGCAGAGAUUGAACGGGAGAAGCAGGCAGCAGAUGACAUAGUGAAAAAAAUGCCCCCAGAGAAACAAGCCAAGUAUGCCGAGAUGAAAACUGUCAAUGAGGAGCUGCUACAGGAACUGGCAGCUCGUCAGGAUGAACUGGAUUCACUGAUGACCAGGAAGGAAACAUUAGAGGCUGAGUUAGAGCACUCUCAGGUGAAGCAGGAGGCCGUAGUGCUGUACGAGCGCCUGCAUGAACUGGAGCUUCGCCGAGACACCCUGCAGGCUGAAGACAAGAGCAUAAUCUCGCCACAGGAAGAAAGAGAGCGUCUGCUGAAACAGGUGAAAGAAGAUAAUCAAGAAAUUGCCAGCAUGGAGCGGCAACUGACCGAAACGCGGGAAAAAAUAAACCGCCUCAAUGAAGAGUUGCGGCAACUCAACAUGGACAUGGAGGACCAUCAGGGUGAACGAACACAAAAGUACAAAGAGCUGCAGAAAAAAGAAGAGGAAAUAGACGCGUACCUGGAGUCAUUCGAGACAACUCAAGCUCAGGAGAUGGAGCACAUUCAGGAGACUCAGGCCAGCAUUGUGGCUUUGCUGGAGCAGUCUAGCAGGAUGAUGAAUCGUAUGAAUCAGCUCUCGGCCAUUAGUCCCAACGAGCUUAAAUCCAUGCAGGAGGACCUCAGCUUUAAAGAGACCGAGAUGCAGAAAUCUGAGAGUACAGCCAAGGGAUUGUCUUCUGAAUGCGAGCAUCUGCAGCAGGACCUUCUGAAUGUAGAGCGACUGGAAGGGAAAGUGCAGACAGAGAUGAACUCUCUAAAAGAAAAGAUCCAGGAGAUGACCGAAGGACUUAAGACGUACAGAGAUCUGGACGCCCUGAAAGCCUCCGGAGAGCAGAAGAUGAAGAUGUUGCAGGAAGAACGAGUGUCUCUAACAGAAAGGAGAGAUGCCUUCAAGAAGGUCAAUCACAAGAUGAAUCAGGAAUACGAAACUCUUGCAGCACAGUUACUGGAGAAUGAGACUCACGCACAGCUGACAAACCUGGAACGGAAGUGGCAACAUCUUGAGCAGAACAACUUUGUUAUGAAAGAAUUCAUCGCCUCUAAAGGCAUGGAGAGCGAUUACCGGCCCGUGAAGAAGAAUGUCAGCAAGCAGCUCUCUGAAUACAAUAAGAUCCUCAUGGAUGCUUUACAGGGCACCAAAAACUGAGGACCGCUUCCUGCCUGCCGCGGCCGCCGCUACAACUCUGCAGCUUCAUCACUGACUCACUUCCCACGCGGGCCCGCUCUCCUACUCAACAUUCCAAAGGCAUGGCGCACGUGCCGUAGAGAUUAGACAUGGGCCCAUGGGUAAAAAAAAACAAAAAAAACACACUGUCUGUCUGAGAUUUAUCUGUGACAGCUCUUUGAUGGUGAGUGCAUGGAUGCAGAGGUGUAGAAAAGACUUAAGAGUAUAUGAAUCAGAACUAUGGAUAUUUAUACUGGAAUAUGUCUGUUAAUAUUUAGAUUAGGAUCUUUCUAAGGUGAAUAAAUAGCUUUUUAUGACUUCAAGAGGAAACACAUCUGUUGUUACUUCAUAGGUGGGUAAAUGCGGCAUCUUGGGAUCUUGGGGUAAAAUUAUAUGAAGGCUAAUUGGAAUGUAAUAAAUUGAAUCAAUGUAAAAAAAAUUCUUAGUUGUAAAUCAUACAAUUCCAAUUGAGAUGACUAACAUGCACCAUGGCUUAUGUGAAAUCUGAUACAGUGACAUUCAAAAGAUAUAGUGAGACAAGACUUUUCUAUUUUUUUUCUGUAAUGUUUCACACAUUCCAAGUGCCACCUUAUUUUACUUUCUUUGUUAUGAAUUAAUGUUCUGUUUAGUCGAUGAAUUAUGUUUUAGGAAACAAUGGCAUGAUGUGUAAUUUCCAGAUGUUGCAGAGCCUCAGGCCUCAGGGCAGUAAGGGGUUAAUGGCAGGCAGGAAGAGCGGUGGCCGAUAACACUAUUGUUUUAAUGUUAUUGGUUUCCGCUUUGCUUUAUCUGAGAAGGGGGUUGCCUAGUGUUCUCCUCAGAUUCAUGAUGCUCUCAUUCUCCUACCCACCCUGUUGUCUGCCUUACGUGUGUACAAUCAGAACCUCUCUCUUCCCUCUUAUUAACACUGUUUCUGACACUGGAGUGUAUUUGUGUGUUCGUGUCUGUGUGUGUGUGUGUGUGUGUGUGUGAGGGGUAUUUCCCCCCUCUCAGAAACAUGAUCUUCACCCUUUUCCCAUUACACAAGCACCUCCCAUGGAUUGAAGCCAGAGGUGUGGGAGACAUAAUGGGAGUAGAAGUGGUAGGAGUGCUCGGGAUUUUACCCUCAAAUAAAGCCAGGGUUGCCACUGUGGGUUUUAUAACCUAAAAAAAAAAACUAAAACUUUGGUCCCAGAAAUAUGGAAAUGUCCUUUUUAUUUUGUAGUUAUGUGGUUAACAUCAGUCCACAAUCUAACAAUGUAAAUUUUUUUGAUAUUUGGUCAAAACCUUUACCACUGAAUGUAAUAACCUAAACUGAUGGGGUUAAGGAGGUUUUUUUUUUUUAACUAGGCACUAAGGUUUAAGUUCAGUGCAGCUCAGUUCAGUCCAGGACAAGUUGGAAACAAAAGACAGAGAUAGAGCGAGAGCACAUAAACUGGCAGCGAUAAACCACACACAGGUGUAAACACUCGCCCAUUAUCUGCUAAUUUUCCACAACUCCUCAUUUAUAUAUACUGUAUAACAUACGCUUUACAGAGGAAUGAAUACAACUACAAAGGCCUGUUUCAUUUUUAACAAGUUGUAAGGCUUUCUUGUAUUUGUUUAGUAAUUAGAUCAGACAAAUACGUAACUUUUCGGCAUAAUCUCCUUGCUUUUCAAUACACUUCAACAAGCUUUCGUAUUGCCUCAUUAAAAAUGUUUUAGCCUAAGCUGCGAGCCACGAAUGCAUCGCUGUCUAGAUUGCUUCAUCAGAAGUUAAUCUGCAGGGCCCCGAAUGGGGCAGUCGUAAAGUCCUUGCCCUAUCAUCUGGAGAUUGCUGGUUUGAUUCCUAUGCGUCUUAGCUUAGAACGAGCGGGGUGGGAUAUGAGGCACAUAGCACUCUCACAUCAGUCACGGCUCUACAGCCAAUCAUGGGCAUUGGUAAGCUCACGCAAGUAGAAGAAGACGAUAGCGCUCUCCUCCGAGUGUGUUACGCCACCCCCAAUGGUGCAUCAGCGUGCGUUUGAAAAGAUGCGUUGGCUGACAUUGCAUGGUUCAGAGGAAACACAUGAUGGCCUUCAGCCCCUUCCUGACUGACUGGUAGUAGUAACAGCCUUAAUGUGGGUGCCCCCUAGUGAUCCGGAGGAUUGGUAAAGUGAAUAAAAAAAAGAAGUAAAUCUUUG